GUGCGCGUUCAAGGUGUUAAUCGUGCGAUUGUCGCGCCAAGGCGACGUUUAGUUUCAACUUCUAUCCCCCCUUCAGUUCCCCCUUCAACGGCUGUACCUUCUUCCCUUCCCCCUUCUUCUCCUUUUCAAUAUUCUAAUUUCACCAAUUUAACUACAUCACAAAUUCACAAAUUCUGCUAA